AACUGCACUUCCUGUGUUCACUCACUGUGUUGCAUUAAUCAUAAUUCAUAUCAUCAAACUCUUUGCAUAACAUUGUGUUCUAUAUUGAUUAUUUGUGCUUAUUCUUAGCCACUGUAUAUUAACAUUCAUAUAGAUCUAUAAUCUAUGACUUAACUGUGGAUUUAACAUCGAUAUGCAUGACGUCGCAAUUAUACCAGUUAAUAGCAAGGAGCCAUGUCAAUAAAGCUGGCCUCCAGCGGCAGUUAUAAUGUUCGGGCAUCAGAAAUGGCACACAUUCAAGACCGCACUCCCAAGGCAGUCAGUUGUGCAGUCCACUUCUUGGAUGACACAGUGGAGACCUUUGAAGUUGAUAAACGUGGUAAGGCCCAGCAGCUGCUAGAAAAAGUUUUUGAACAUCUUGAACUUGUGGAAAAAGAUUAUUUUGGGUUACAGUAUAUUGACUUGGCUCCUGGGGAUGAUAGCUUGAGGUGGUUAGAUCCUUUAAAGACAGUGAAAAAACAGUGUCGAGGCCCUAUUUAUGAUUUUUAUUUUCGUGUCAAAUUCUAUGUAUCUGACCCGAGUAAAUUAGCUGAGGAAUAUACAAGGUACCACUUUUUCCUUCAAGUGAAACGGGACAUAUUGUCAGGGAAGCUAGUUUGCUCAGAAAGUAUAGCCGUUUUACUUGCCAGUUAUGCUGUCCAAUCUGAACUAGGAGACUUUAAUCCCGAAGAACAUAAGGAUGGUUAUCUUAGUGAAUUUGCUUUUAUACCAGACCAGACAAGGGAGUUUGAGAAACAGGUUGCAGAGAAACACAAACAGCACAGGGGACAAACUCCAGCUGAUGCGGAAUCCAAUUUUUUAGAAAAAGCAAAACGUUUAGAAAUGUAUGGUGUGGAUUUACACAAUGCUAGGGAUCAAAGUAAUAUUGAUAUUCAACUUGGUGUCACAUCUGCUGGUUUAGUUGUAUUUCAGAACAAUAUUAAAAUAAAUACCUUUUCAUGGGCUAAAAUUGUCAAGAUUUCUUUUAAAAGAAAACAGUUCUUCAUUCAGUUAAGAAGGGAGGUAGCAGAUAACUUAGAGGAAAAUGAGCUCAAAGGAGAAAAGGCACAAAAUGAGCCAGUGGAGAAUCUUAUAGGUUUUAACAUGAUUAGCUACAGAUCUUGCAAAAACCUUUGGAAAUCUUGUGUUGAGCAUCAUACGUUUUUUAGGCUUCAUCACCCCAACCCACCAACCAAAAAGCUUUUCACCAUGGGAUCUAAAUUUAGGUACAGUGGUAGAACAGAAUUUCAAACUUUAGAAGAAAGUAAACGAAGGGCCAAAAUAGAGAGGCCUUUUUCAAGAUCUCCCAGUAAAAGAUACAGAAGGACUGUAGGAGCAGUUUCCAGAGAGGCCAUUCUGGAAGAGAAUCGUUACAUAGAUGCCUACAGGCAGAUGUCCAAAUCACAGACUUUUUCUGCUAAUGCCAGUAGCCCUGCCCAUAGUACGAAUGCCAGUAGCAGUAGCAGCGGGACAGUCAGUUCCUCCAGUAACAAUACAUUUAACAGGCAUGAUGGUGUGGGCAGUCAAGUCAGGGCCACCUUGCCCCACGAUUACAAAUCUGGUAGAAGUUCCUGGAAUGAUGGGAACCAGUCAGAGAAAUCAGAUGAUGGAGGGUUCAUCAGCCACAACUCUCGCGAUGCCUAUCCCGGCAAUGUUCCAACCAAAGUUGUCAAUUUCAGCAGCAAUACGGAUACUUCCGGCUCCAAUGGAUCGAACAGCUCCAACAAUAAAACAACAGAAUCACUUUAUGAUCUCCCUUGCUAUAAUGAAUAUUUGACUAAUGGGAAUGGUUUUGCAGAUGGACAUGGCUUGGUUACCAUCCGGAUGAAACCAGAUGAAAAAGGCAGAUUUGGAUUUAAUGUUAAGGGUGGUGCUGACCAAGGCAUGCCUAUAAUAGUUUCUAGAGUGGCUCCUAACACUCCAGCUGACCUGGCUAUUCCUCGCUUGAAUGAAGGAGAUCAAGUUUUGCUCAUCAAUGGCCGGGAUGUAUCUCAACAUACCCAUGAGCAGGUUGUCAUGUUUAUUAAAGCAUCAAGAGAGACACAUUCUGGGGAGUUAGCCUUAGUCAUUAGACCAAAUGUGUAUGUUGGUGAAGACCAAACAGAUGAACCAGAUUUCAGUUACAUCCCAGAAACACACCAAAUCGCUUCGUCUGCUUCUUCGGCCAACACACUUGACUCUUCUCUCAUGCUCCUCCAGGAAAGCCUAGAAAGUGGGGCUGCUAUUGCUCAGUUUGAGCAACUGUACAGGAAGAAGCCUGGACUGACUCUGAAUGCUGCCAGACUAGAAGUGAACAUCAAUAAAAACAGAUACAGAGACAUCUCACCUUAUGAUCAGACCAGAGUUGUCUUGAAAAGUGGCUCUGCUGGGGACUACAUUAAUGCUAAUUUUGUCAAUAUGGAGAUUCCAGGUUCAGGCAUUGUAAAUCGUUAUAUAGCUGCUCAAGGUCCUCUGCCCAACACUUGUAAUGACUUUUGGCAGAUGGUGUGGGAGCAGCAUUCCUCUCUAGUGGUCAUGUUAACAACAAAAGUGGAGCGGGGCAGGGUAAAAUGCCACCAAUACUGGCCACAGCUCUAUGAGACUGAAGAUUUUGGGGCAUUGCAGAUUACCUGUGUCAAGGAAGAAGAGACUCACUCUUUUGCCUUCAGGGAGUUCAACCUGACUCAUGUUGAGACUAGUGAGGAGAGACACAUUCGACACAUGCAGUACAUAGCUUGGCCAGAUCACGGAGUGCCAGAUGACCCCAGUGACUUUCUGCAUUUUGUUAUCCGUGUUAGACAGAAUCGGGAUGGAAUGUCAGAGCCGACAGUAGUUCAUUGCAGUGCCGGCAUAGGUAGAACUGGAGUUCUUAUUACAAUGGAAACCGCCAUGUGUCUUAUUGAAUCAGCACAGCCUGUCAACCCUCUAUUAAUUGUGAGACAAAUGAGAGACCAACGAGCUAUGCUUAUUCAAACAUCUAGUCAAUAUAAAUUUGUCUGUGAGGCUAUUCUCAGAGUUUACAAUGAAGGACUUGUCAAACCUCAUGAAGAUUUUCGGAGAUGAGAGGAGGAGCCCUGCUUCUCCCAUUGACUCUGUACUUACUUCAUUGUUCUGGCUGCUUUGGUUGCUGUGCUAAGGCUGUGCUCAAAACAAACAUUCUUCUUGUGUAGACACAUUUUAGUUCUGGAACACUUCCAAGUGAUGGCUGAGGACUAGGUGUUCAACUUGGGUUUUCCUCAAUGUGUAUCUGAUGUGAGAUGUGGCUAGAACGGUUCAUUCAUUGCUGUUGUAAUGUUUCAAUUCUUGUACACAUUGCUAAAGCUAUUGUCAAGACUUUAUUCAUGACCUUUAUAAGUGUAUUCAAAUAUUUAUUAUUCAUUUUAUUAUAUAUGUAUAUUUAUUUAAUGCAUUUCAUAAGGUGAUUAUGUUUUAAAAAUUUUACUAAAAUUAAUUGAACGGUGAAACAAAAAAAUGUAAAUAAACCUAAAACUAUUAUCUUGAACUGACACAUUGAAUUAUAAUUGACAUUCCUCCUGUUUAUAGAGUACACUCAAGAACUAAUAGCUAUUUAUAUAUUGUUAUAAACAUUUUGUACUGAAGUAGUUACAAACUAUUUAUUUUUGUAUUAUUUACCAAAUGACUAAUGUAGCAUUAGACUACAAACUACUGGUUCAGCCUCCCCUUCCUCCUUGACCAGUUGUUUGAGAUAGCUGUACAAGUCAUUUAUUUAUUUAUUUGAACUUUGUUCCUUAGAUUUCAAUGUUAAUGCUGUGGCUUUUUGAAAAUAUAGGCCAGUGUUUAGAUAGUCAGAAAGUUUGAGUCCCAUCUUCAUAAUGUCUUUCUGCCCUGUCAGGGGGACAGUUGACAAAAAUAAUCUUGUGAGAAAGAACAGAACUCUUGAGAUUUCAAGGAGUUUCAAGUUUCAUUAGCAAGUAUUUGAACAAUUAGGAGCUCUGACAUUUUGGUGUGUUGGGAUUCAAGUAGGAGCUGAAUCUGUUGAUUUAUUUUCUACCUUAGAUUUUUGUUCAUUUUAAACAUCUUGAGAACUAGCUUCAGUUUUAGUCCUCAAUUUUUUUCUCUGUUCACUUUUCUUUGUCUAACCUUGGUAUAAUCAAACUACAUUGUAGUGCUUGGGGUGUGUUUGGAGUCAUGAACAUCACUUAUACUUGAGCUCAGCUGUGUUUUAGGAAAAAAAAGUCAGAUGUCAUUGUAAAAGAUAUUCUUCAACAUCUGUUAAGCAGUGGCUCAAGUCUACAACAUUGCGGUCAGUAUUUAUCUCUGUGAAAUUGUUUGGGUCAAGGGGAUCAUUAACACUGUAUGCAUGGCUGUACAAGUGCGAAUCCUCCAUCCUAGAGUUACAUAGUAUUUAUUUCAAUGUGGCUGUAAGAAUUGGCUUAGUUCAUGUUAUGAAAUUAUUGUCAAGCAAUCAGUUUAAUAUGGGCUCCACAGAGUAUUAACAUAAUUUAUAUAUAUAUAUAUAUAUAUAUAUAUAUUAUUUUUUUUUGUAAAAGUGCAUUUGUGUAAAAGUACAUGCCAUUGUUUGUGUAGAGUACUUGCAUUUUGUUUACUAUUUCUAUGUACUUGUAUUCACAUUUACACCUGUUUACUUUGAUUCAAACUGUUCAUUGGCAUUAGACCUUUUGAAUGGGAAUGCUGUUGACAUUAAGCACAAAACUUUCUCCUUCUAUUGAAUGUGAUCACCUUGUAGCAGUCUAUCAAGUCCUUGUGAAUGUCAUGAGGUUAUAACUAGUUGGUUUCUGUUGGCUGGGAACAGUUGCUCUUGUUUUGCUGGCCAACAUUUCUAAUGUAGUAAGACAGAGACAAAAGUGUGGGUCAGGCCUUAUCUAGUGCUUCACUCUCACAAUUAUAGCAUUGUCAUGCACAAUUAGCCAAGCAAUAUUUUCAUUCAUACUGCUUAAAGGUGAGGCUUCUUUUUUCCUCGAGUUUUGUAUAUAAAGUGAAUAUAAAGGUGAAUGCCAAUAGUGUUAAUUUAAUCCUGAGGGAUGCCCUUCCAUGUCCCAAGCUGAGAUGUUUUGAUCUGGAAGUUGGCACUGAAUAGACAGUGGCCAUUUUGUUUUGUGCUGCUUGUGUGUGUUCAAUCACAGCUUAUUGGCUAAAUCAUUGACUUGUAGAAUAGUUUGUGCUCCUGUUCAAUAGGUGUGCAGUAUUUGAUGCCAGCUUGAGUUGAGCUAGUCUAGAAAGCUUUUUUUAAAAAAUGAUUACAAGAUAAUAAAAAAACAAAUGUUUCUGAACAUGAACUAGUAAUACUGAGAUUUAUCUGAAUGAACUUUUGUCACUUCGUCAUUAUUCAAAUUUGAGGCUUUAAUAAUUGUCAUCACCCAUUUAUAAGCUAUCAAAAAUACAUUGUCAAGAUAUGAAAGGGAUAAAAUUGUCUUCACUAUGAUGAUCACUUAUCAUGAAAUCAUGUAGAGUCCAGCAACUAGAAAAACAUUUUUUAAAAUUACCUUUUCGAGUAUAAACUUUUUUUUUUGGCAAGACCAUUUCUAUGGAGAGACCAUAAUGCCAUUUUAUUGGUCCUGUCCAUGAUGUAAGUACUGUACAUAUGAAUGAUGUGUACAGUAUUAACUGUCCAUACCAGCUUUGUACAUAGUUCAUUGUGUGUACAACAUACAGGUAUGCAUGCUGGUUACAUAUGUAUGAUUGUUGCUUAUAUCUAUAAGCCUAUACAGGUAUGAUUGUUGGUUACAGCUUACAUAUCACAUCAAGGCAUAUUAGUGUCCUCUCCAGGGUAAGCUUAUGAUAUGGUGUAGAAACCUUCAGUUUAAAUGUGUCUGAGAACCAACUCAAGAUUGUGGAUUCAAGAAACACUACAUGGGAAAUAAUUUUUCUUUGUUGGUAACACAUCUUGAAUGAAUAAUGAUCUAAUAAUAGAUCUAAUUUUUAUCUAAAUAUUGACAUCACUAAUUUGCUUUUGUUAUUAUUAUAAGUUUUUAAAAUGACACUUUUACUAAAACACAGUGGCUCAUAUAGAACAGUUUCACAGUAGUGAUCUUUGAAAAGUAGGCCUUAAAGCAAUUUUAAUUAUGACUAACCUAGAAUAAUAAUUGGUCCAUAAUAAUUCAGUUUCAUUCAAAUGAUGUGACUUAAAGGAAACACUUAUUUCAACAAGAUGGCUGAUUCUGUCACAUUAAAUAAGAAAGAUUACCUGUAUGAAUUAUGUAUAUAUUGUUAUAUAUAUAGAUAAAUGUUGAGGAAAUGACUGAAAUGCCCACAUAGGGUUCACACAAUUUGAAAUGUUGAAGGCUUCAGUUUUUUUGUUUUUCAUAUUAAUAUAUAUAUAUAUUUCCUAAUGCCUGAUUUUAAGAAUCUAAUAAUCAGAAAACAUUAUUUGUAUUUGUCUUGGAGAGAAAUUUGCGACAUUUCAAGGACUUGCAUCUUACUAGAUAACACAAUGUGAAAUAAAUUGUUGACCUUCAAGUAUCUUGCUGGACUGUCGUACAAGAUCAACAAAUCUGGUUAUGGGUUUCCAUAUUGUGUGGGUGAACUUGUUUUGAUUACGGCUGUGACGUGUAGCUUACUGUAUCUGUUCAUUCAUUUCACUAAGUGAAAUUUGUUGUUACUCUCACCCAUUGGAGAAAUGUAUUUGUAGUUUGAACUGUCAUUUUAUUCUAUUUUUAGCUCCUUGUAACUUUUUUUUUUUUUAAAUUUCGGUUUCUAGUUCUUUUGAGCUUACAAACAAACAGAUGAAUCUCAGUUCUUUUUGUUCUUGUCACUCAAAGAUGAGUGGGGUUUUUUUUUGUGUUUUUUUUUUUUUUAGAAAGUUUAAAUACACAUGUUUAUAAGAUUGUUAAAUAAUCUGAACAGAAAUUCUCAAAUGUAAUGCUAAUGUUUAAGAAAUUUGCUAGUUUGGUACUAGUAUAUUUAUUAAAAUUAAACCACUUUAUUUGAAUAGCAUUUGACUUAUUAGUAUUGUUGACACACCUUAGUGACAUUGACAUUAAGUUACUAACUGCAACAGACAUUUUAAAGCCAUAAGAUCAUUCAUUCGUAUGGAGGAGAUUUUUAGUUGUUUAGAAUAUUUUUUAAAAAGUUGCUAAAUUUUAUUUUAAUAAAAUAAUUUUGUUUAUAGUUAAAAACAGAAACAUAUUAUAGAGAAAAAAAAAAGAGAAUUGCUAAUAACCAAAAAUGCAGUUGAUACAUGUAUUUAAUAAAAAAAAACAACAAACGAACCAUCAGAAUGUCUUGAAACUUAAGUUAUUGAGAAAUCUUCAGCCUGAAACCACUGACCAAUUGUCUUGUAAAGAUUGUGAUCCUAAAUAGAAUGGAGUUGUUGCUAAUGUACAUUUUUAUGAAGCUCUUCUUCCUAAACAAAUGAGCAACUAGUUAGUACAAUGUCUCAAGAGGUGUCUGCAUUUUUAACAGCUCAAGUGACAACUUAAUAUUUGCGCUACUUGUUGAUGGUUCAAGAAGCCAGCACAUACUUGGAAUAAAUGUCAGUGUAAAACAUUUGUUGUAACAUUUCUUUCUUAUCAGGAGAUAAAAUGUUUUCUCAAUGCUUUGGCUUCUUAAAAUGAUUUGUAACUGAUGUCAACACAAUUGAUUUUUGUUGGAUGUGGGUUUACAAAAAAAAAUAAUAGCUUCAGAUUUAUCUGGGUGAAUAGGUCAGGUUUAAGAUUCAAAGCUAUUCCUAGAUGUGUUCUUGUUGCCUUAUUGUUUCACUAUUUAUUGUUUAGAAAUUGGCUGCAGUCCUAAAUGACAUUUUGCUGAGAGAUUGAUUGUAAUAUAGUUUACGAUUGACUGUAAUUUAUUUCUGUUCAAUUAUUUGUUUCUUAAAUAGGGAAGAAACUACAGCAAGUAAUUUGUCUUUGUCAUUCUGCAAUACUUUUUUGUUUAAACUGGUAUAAACUGUGGCUUAUAUCCCUCCCCCUUUUUGCCAUUUCACACACCUUUUGAUGUCCAGGAUUUACAUUUUAUUCAAAGGUAAUUUUAUUUGUUGUAGAUAUGUGCACAUUUGUUCAGUCCAUUCCUUGGUUUCAAUUUUUGUUUCUUUUUUAUAUUAAUGACCUUUAUGUUCACAUUCAUGUUGACAACAUUUAUAACUAUGUCUUUGCACCUGUCACAUUUUUUUAAACAUCAUUACUUUGAUUGAAACAAUAUCACACCCAGACUUCAUCAACCAUCUUAUCAACAGCAUUGGUUUUGUAUUCAUGCACAGUCUUGUUGUUUUUUUUAAAUGAAGAGAACAGUUUCCAUCCACACACACAUGUCAUCAUCAUUUCAUCAAAUUACAGAGAGCAUUGUUGCAAAUAUUUAUUCAUUACAACAAUUUAUGUACAAAAAAAAAAGGUUAUGUAACACAAACAAAACUUCACAUAUUUUUAUCUGAUUCUACAUUUGUCCAAACUCCAAUGUGAAGAUAUUAAACAAAUGUUUUGGUAAUACUUAUGUCA